CUCGUCCUUGGCAUCCUUGUUACUACCGCCUUCUGCCCAAGGUUUUUGCACUGAUCAAAAGACUCAGCUCCUCGGCGCAACAUCAAGGAGAGCUUCACCAAUGAUGCCGAACUCGACGCGCAGUGUCUUGGAAAGGACAAGGCCGCCAUGCAGCUGCAGGUCGUCCAUGGCGCGUUCGCGAAAGGUUGAUUUUAGUGGCGAUGUUCUGGGCAUGCUCAGGAUUGGCCACGACCAUUCCCAUGCUCCGCUGACAGUUCCAAGUCCCUCAAGAGCUCAAACUCUUUUGCAUUCCCGCUCGUGCAAGCCUUCAUCUGUCGACACCCCAUCGCUAGAUGGUACUUGGAUCCGGACACCUUAUGGGAAGCAAAUUAUACGGUCUCCUGCCGUACAAAGCCUUUGCACUCGACAUACGUGUGGCUCUUGCUGUACUCCCUGCUUAUUGCUCAACAUCUGCACACGCGCGACUCGUCGUCCGCCAAUCGCUCCAUCGUCUAAGGAGUGGUCCCUGCUCUGGCACCUCGAGCGACAGUGCUCAGCCAACGAAGCGCAAACGCAGCAGGGAUUCCAGUUCCAGUGCAGCAGAGCGCGGAGCAACCCGCAAAACCGUUUGGUGUGCCCAAUGGCAACGCCCUUGACGGCCGUUCCUUGAGUCUGGCUGCACGUCCCUCGCUCUCAUAGAUCCGCCAUCCGCCAAGCCUCCUUGUCGCGCGGCAGAGCACCGUCUCCUCAAGCUUGAGUCAGACGCCCUCUGCCGCAACCAAUGGAAGACCGCGCCUCCGCCACGUGGACCGGAAAGCCAACGCACAUCUGAGAUUGCUAGAAGCGCCCGACAACCCCCGACAACCGGUCAUGAUCAGACACUACUGCUCCUCAGCACUCGGGCGCAUAUGAAUCCAUGGUACCAGGCAGUCUGAAAGCCGUCCCGUUCCUCUCCCGCUCUGUCAUGUGGGCCAAGGGCGCGUGUGGGGCUCGCGUGCUCGUGCGCCCAGCAAGACUAGAUCGGGUUAUGUUGCGUUCAUCGAUACAAGGUCCUCCCUGACGAAGCCGCUCGACGACCCCCAAGUCGCGAUACCCAUGCGUGUUUCACUUCCCUCACCGCCAUGUCCCUCUCCUAACUCAAUAUUUGUUUGCAGGAUGGCCAGGAUGCGAGGUAGGCAAAUACGACAGGAACAUAAGAUACAGUCGGAGCCACAUAGAUGAGACGGAGAUAACGCUGGUACGUCUUGGCUCUCCCUCCACAGUCUGCUGUCCAAGUUCCGACAACGUCACGGGCGUUGCGUAUGCUUUGCCCACUACGUAGAGGGAACUAUAGUUGGAGAUAUGGGUCCCGUACGACCGGGCGACCAACUGACGGCGAAUUGAGCUUAACGUAUCCAGUCGGGCCUGCGAACUUCAUCGCGAUCCUGAUUUGUGUAAUUCUUGUGAGUUCUGCUCCGCGCUACUGCCCUUGUUCUCCUCCUGUUUUCCUACCGGUUAGGGCUUCCUCGCUUUUGCGUAGCGCGAGAUUGAGCAUAGAAUGACAGCUGCGAAGGAAAAAGGCCGCUCACUGAACGUCGCCUGCUGAUCUGAAGGGGUCUGCCAUGGACGACGCGGAAGAGCUCUACAGCAACCGAAUCGCUGCAUCUAGCACGGCGAUCCGUGCGAGACCUUGGGUUUCGCGGGAAUGUGCCGACCUCGGCUGGCCUGUUCGGCGGCUGUUUCGCACAGCCGCCUUCCACUUGUCCCUCGGCUCUCCACGUCGACUGUCGACAUGCUACGGAACGAUGUCAUCCACACUCCUAUCAGAGAGGUCUUUCAGCCAUUACAUGACUUCAUUCCGUGGACGCAAUUCGUGGUGUGCAUGCACGCUGAAUAGCGGAUACCCUUCGCAACCGUGUAAACCUCUGUCCUAUGUCCUCACACGCUCGGCUAGCCUGAACCAAUCGCGCCUCAUGUAGGAACGAGCCAGCUUCCUUGCACCCCUUCUGGGCGCGGAGACAUAGCGACGAAGGUAUGCAUUAGUCCACGUGUAGAGGAGCUUGGAGGGACACGAUCGUGGUCUAUGCAUCACGUUGCGUUGUCCUGGGUGGCAUCGACAAACACAAGCCUAAUUGUAGGCCUGAAUAAGUUUCAGUGACGCUUUCAUGAUGGAGCCAGGAAGUCCUAAGCUUCGGCGGAGAACAAGGAAUCGAGAACUUCAAGCUGAGGCUCCUCAUUCGGAAUGCUGGACGGCUGACUUGGUCAGCUUUCGCGGGCGUCAUCCGUGUACACAUCAUCCUGUCUUGGAGUAAUGAUGACGUCCGUCGCAUGUUCCGCAAUCAUGAUAGGGACCAACCUUGUUGCUUUUUGUCCAGCUCAGCCUCGGUCAUGGCCUCAUGGUGUGAAUGGAUAUCACUCCAUGCGGAGCGCUGAAUCGACGCUUGCAUCACAUGAGACAAGGAGCGCUCUUCUUAUCCAGAUCCUGCAGCUUCUAGUCCCAUGCCGAAGUGUAACCAAGACUUGAUCAUCACCACUGAGCGCGUCUCUUCCUUCUGACCAUCUCGAGGGUAUCUAUCGUGCAC